AUGGGCAACAAUUAUGUCGUCAAACUCGUGAGGACUGGUUCAUAUCAGAUUUCAGGCCAGAUCAUGGACCCGAUAGCAGAAGUAGCUGCAAUUUCUAACACGACACGACAACAUGCUGGUCAGAUUAGUAAGGCCUCCAAGCAAUAUACUGGUGGCUACGUGCGAGGAUCUGAGGUCACACUUCAGUUCCUCCAGGCCAGAGGCAACGAGGGACCAUGGCAUGAAGCCAAAGCUGAGUUUGACGUAUUUCUCGCCAACACCUCUGAUAUCACGGGCCGCUAUCCCAUUGCCGGUCCAAGCAUCCCCACGAGCCCAGAAGAUACAAAUGUGAUCGACCGCUGGUCGUGA